AUGGCACUUUUUCUUGGAUUCUUGGAAACAUGCACGGAGACUCUUGGGUCCUACCUGCAGCUUGUCCAACCGGAUGUGAAGUGGACAAUUGCGUACGUCGUUUUUUUCUUGUGGAUGUAUUUGUUUCACGCCCCGUUCCGCGUUCACAGCAACUGUGUAACCGACUGGUAUGCGCAGCUUACGAAGGUGCUUCAGGCGUGGUUUGGCAUUGUUGUGCUGGUCUUCCAUGUGGGCCCGCUUUUUUUCUUCUCCAGGAGGCCCUCAGGUCCGGUGUUGGACGUAAAUGAUGAGGCGACGGAGGCCACAGUUUUUUUCCCAACAUUUUGCGCGACAACACUCAUCAUCUUGUACAUUCACAAGAAGAAGCGCGAUUGGGGGUUGAGUCUUACGUACGGGUCGACCGUCACGAUUGUUCUUCUGAACGCACUGUUGCUCUCGUUCUUUUCUACAGUACACUACGCGUACUGUAUGCAGCUCCAAGCGCGUGAUCGCCAGGCGUGGGUUAUGGGCGUGGUGGAUCUGAUCUGCCCUGCGUCGGCGAGGCAGGCUCCUUUCCUGACUUUGUCGCUGCUGGUUAUGUUGAAUGUUCUUUUUAUAGUGCUGGACUACCAGUACAAGAGACUGCGUGGGUUUGACCCUGUGCGCGGCUUGCUGUGGAGCGAAGCAUUUGAUACGCGACAGGGCGGGAAUGAGGCGUUUCUUGCGCUUAAGCCUGGCGUGGAUUGGCGGAGGUCGCAGCCGCGUCCUCGGCGUGUGUCGACGUGGAGGGGCACACCGGCUGUGGGGUCCACGGAGGCUUUGAGGCGGAGCUUCGCUGCGCCACAGGCGGAGAUGGAGUCGCUGAUGGCCAGCGUCUACCCCGUGAACCGGCCCGGCAUGGUGCCGUGGUUCUCGACCUUUAUUGUAGGCACGGCGGUGCAGGCGGUGUUGGGCGCAAUGCUGAAUUUUUUGACGUUUGAUCAGCGCGGCCUAGAGCUGCACGCCGCCCCCAAAGUCUUUCAUCUUUCCUUUGAGCACCAAGGUGGCGCGGGCUCGAGUGCAACGAGCGACGCGAACUCCGCGAGAUCCCCCUUUAAUGCACUCGCGGGCAAGGCGAAGCGUGCGGGGGGGCAUCCCGAACAGCAGGAUGUCGACGUGUGGUUUGACUUCAUUGGGGAUGUUGGCGACGGCUUCAACUCAACGUAUGAGAUGGCCCGACUGAUGGCGCAGCCGGCGCUGCUGCUGCCGACAACAGCCAGUGUGAAAAACUCACAAGGUGGAAGAGGUUAUCAGCGCAUCACCCCAGCGCCGUUUCUUAACCGGGCACGCGCCCCGUCGUUGCCGCCGUCGCCGUUGUUGCGCCAUAUCUUGCUUCCGGAAGCCAGUACCAAGGCGUCAGUGGACCGUUUGCCACUCAUGGUGGACGACUAUAUGCCGAGAAACUCACACUAUCUUCCGCGCGCGUCGUUCGUGCUCAUCGGCGGGGACCUGGCGUACCCGAACCCCACGGACGAGACGUAUCGAACGCGGCUGCAGGGACCCUAUGAGGACGCACUGGGGGGGAACGCCGAACUGCGCAGGCUGGUGGCGCAGCGAUACCGUGAGGUGGUGCUGUCCAGCGUGGCAAACAGUGAUGAGGCGCAUGUGAGCAUGCUGCCCGCAACAAGGGUGGAUGCGAUGGUUCGCCGCGGGGGUUUGGUGGGCGGGGGCUACAGUGACGAAGACGUGCUGCGCAGUGUGCCGCUGCUUUUUGCCAUUCCGGGCAACCAUGACUGGCUUGACGGUCUCGUGACGUUCAAAAAGUACAUUAUAGCGGAGAACUGGCUUGGAGGAUGGCUGAUGCCGCAGCGCAGCUCCUUUUUUAUUUUGACACUUCCAUACAACUGGUAUAUAUUCUGCGGAGACACGGGGAACAUCGCCGAUAUUGACUGCGAUCAGCGCGAUUACUUCUUGAAGUUUAUCGAGGUGAACCUCAACGAUGAGGCGUGCGCCAUCGUGACUUGCCACGAGCCCGCUUGGGUGCAUGAAGCUAUGGACGGCACCCGCACUUCGCCGAUGCAGCCGCAAUUGAACAGGGUGCUCGAGGCCCUCGGGACGCGGCUGCGACUUCGACUAAGCGGGGACAUUCACCAUUAUUCACGGCACACGCCUGCCGACGCUCUCUCCGACGCUCCGACGCUUGUUGUGAGUGGCGGCGGUGGUGCCUUUCUGCAUGGGAUGUGCAAUGCGCUCGUCGUGACACAGGGGACCGAGUACAGGCGGUCAUCAGCAUUUCCGUCACGAAAUGUGCUCACGUCGAUUCUCGCUCGCCUAGUUGGUUUUCGCCUCAUCAACUGGAAGUUUGACAUCAUUGCGGGGUUUUUGUGCUUUGGCCUCAUCAUGUCCGCUCUUCCGCUGACGAUGCAGGACGAGCGCAUGCGGGGUGUCACGGGGCUCCCACAGUACGUUGUGUGUGUCGCUAGCCUUACGCUAGAUCUGACACUCUUCACGUUUGAAAAGGCUGUUGUGUCGUUGCUUUUUCUCACGUUUAUUUUUGUCGUCUUCUUCUCCGGUGGGGCAGGGCAGAGGAGUGUGGUAUUCCGUCUGUUUUACGCCUCGUACUGGACACUGCUUGUGGUGCUCUGCUCCACGGGCGUGCUGGCCGUGGUACACACCACGCUUAUCUACAUGACAAACCGCCGUAUGCUUCUGUCGACACGGGGGCACUGGGGUAGUAUGAUGGAGGUUCAGGUGCGCAGUGCCGCCGAUACCGCGCUGGUUCGCACGAGGGAUGUGCUUGGGGAGGACAAUGUGGUUGCGUCUGCGCUCAGGAGGGCGCAGCUUGCGGUGCACGGCAGCUGGCUUGUUGAGAGCGUCUGUAUUUUUCUGCGCGGUUUAGAUGUUGUGGAGAAUUUGGCGUAUCUAUCGCAUCACGUCAGUAUGAACGUAACAGGCACCUUCUCGCCAUCGACUGACCGUCUGCACAUAUUCCUCUACUACCUUCACCUGCUUCUGAUUUACUGGCUGUUGGCGACCCCUCUCAUCUCAUUUGUAAUUGGGAUGUUUCUGUUUGUGUCGGUGCAACUAUUUGGCUUCAUGUACGACGCGGCGUAUUCCUCCUUUCAGAUAGAGGAUUACAAGCACUUUAUCCGCUUCAACAUCGACAACCAAAGACGGCUUCAUGGCUACGUUGUAGCGGAGAGGCGCGUGCCGAAGGUGUGGAAGCGUGACGUAAAACAUGUUGACGAGUUCCUAAGCCCGGAGAAAAGGCACCUUCCGCCGCAUUUACGCGAGCGGCCGAGUCGGUGGCAACCGGUGCAGUCAGACGGGGAGGAGUCCGUGGCUGAGGUGCUGGAGCACUUUGUGGUGAAGCCGCACCGACUCUCAGGUCAUGCUUCAGCAAACAAUGGCGUGGAGUAG